CUCAUCCUUUCAUAACCAUAUGACUGCCAGAACUCUGAAUAGUUGAGAUCCUUGAUGUUGUUGACGGUGACCGAUACUCGGCAAUAAAUCGCUGGAAAACAUUGGAAAUGAUCCUACACUCCCAUGUCAUGCUACACCGCCUUUGUUCAAGCUAAACAUUGCACAAACUUCCACAUGCAUGUUUACCAUUAGUUUCGACAUUGUGGCGGGAGAAGCCCAAGCAGGCGUUCGUAAGAUGGACUACAUGAAGAUUGAACUUUUCAAGUUUAUACAAAUUGGAUUUCUGUGAUCAGCAGGGGGUUUUAGGAAGAUAGCUACUUAUAGACAUUUUAUUCAGCACACAGUCUUUCGUUAAUACAUGUGUGAUAGCCCAAGUCACUUUUUCGGGUGUCAAUUCAGAUUUCCAGGAUCCCUCCGUUCCAUCUCAAGUAGGUGAAUGAAUAGUAACGCGUGCGGCCUUUGUCGCGCUCUUGUUCAUUGAACACUCGAACCUCUGUACCCGACUGCUAGAAAGCCCAUGUUCAUAUCCUUCGAUUCGUACCUUUACCAUGACGGCCAUGUUUCCCGGGCGGAUCACUUUGGCUCUUACUUUGCACCGCGCGACCAAUUUACCAAAGACAGAUCGUAUCGGACACAUCGACCCAUACGUCAAAGUCAGUUUCCAGUCUACGCAAUGUAAAUCCCAGAAGUCUAGCGCACUCUCCGAUACCCCUGAUCCGGUCUGGAACGAGAAACUUAUAUUCAACCUGGAGGAAGCGGUGGUGACCGGUGGGCACACGGUGAUGCUCGAGAUCUACGACGAGGACACCUUCAGAGAUGAACGCGUGGGGUUUGUAGAAGUGACGGUGACAAGAGAACUCUUUGGGGUGGUCGCUGGGAAGGCUAUCAGGCAUCAGUUUCCAAUCACCUAUGUGAAAAGCAAGCACAACACUCUUGCGCAAUCGUACUUGGAGGUUAGCUUCUCAUGCGUGUAUUCCUACGAUACGGUCGCUCGUUGGGUUCAAAAUAACAUUCCGGCUUCGGUAUGCAAUUUCAUGGACAAAAGGCUAUACGUACCCUUCCCGCCUGAGUGGCAUGGUUUGCUAUUGGGACUGGAAUUUGAAAAUGGAGGCGAUAAGAUUGAUUUCAAAGUGUUUACAACUAUACCCGAUGAGGGCACGUAUGUGGAUCUCGCUCUCACAUCCGAGCCAAAAUCACGUAUCCGUCGACGGGGAACCGUUACUGGUGAACCAACUCCUAUCAAAGGGACGCAUCUUAGAUAUUAUGAAGAAGUAAAAUUAGAUGAUGUUCCCAUCGAAAUGGAUUGGAAUAUGGUUGCCGUAUGGAAAUUCAAAAAGUCUUCAGUCGAAAGCAUAGAUUUGGCGAAAAUUGUACAAGCCCACGGAUGGAAGGGCACUCUGAGCUACCAAGCAGCUUCCCAGAUUCUUCAGGGAGUCGAACUUGACCCCCAAGAUGAAACUAUUUACUUCCCGUUACCUUCCCAAUACACCUUCACCACGGAGGAUUUAAUCGAACCGUCUUCUUUUGUCCUCGUCGACUGGGACAAAAACAAUUGUGAUAUGAAGAUCCUUGUCCUUGAUACGCCGUCCAAUGCUGGCGUCGGCUACGAUCUCAGUAUUACCGGAGUCGAAUACAAUAAGAAAACCUCGGAUGUGUAUGUUCCCCCACGCCCAAUCUUGGGGGGCCGGUACCGGGCAACUAGGCGAGUGGAAUUGGAUGAUGUUCCUUACGGAGUUCCUUUGACCAAUAUAAAAUGGGAGAAGCUGAGACUGGAGGAAGGGAAAGAGCUACGAGUGGGUCAGUUCAUUAAGCUGACCCCGUGGUAAUAUACAUUCACCUAUUACGUUUUUCCAUAGACUAUUAGAGUCAAUCACCAGGUCUGAUGCAAAAUCGUAUAUAGCAAUGCAUAUUCCUCAUAUUAUUUACUAGGAAACGUUUCGCAC